AUGGGUUCAGAAAACGUUUCUCUAAAAAUUAAGAAGAUCAGAAUAGUAGGAUAUGAGGAUAAACAGAAGCAUGAGGAUGCACAUAGUUCAAGUAAGAAGAGGAAAACCACAGAUUUAGGUCCCACAUGGACCGAGGUUGAACUUAUGUGGUUCUAUAAAGCCUACCAUACACAUGGAGAAGACUGGAAAAAGAUCAGUGCAGUGGUAGGUCAUAAAACACCAGACAUGGUAAAAGCCCUCUACUCUAUGCAUCAGACUUUCUUAUCUCUUCCAAAACAUCAAGCUACUGCCACGGGAUUUAUUACAUUGGUAACUGGUCAUCGAAAUGUUUUGGAUUUAUCCCCAAGUCAUAGAGCAAACAAACAGACACACAGAGCAUCUGGGAAGGCAAAGAAAUGUGGAGAAGCUACUCAGCAGAAAGCACAUGAAGCACCUCACCUUCGCGACUCCUAUCAUGCAGGGACAAUUUCUGGGUUUUCACCUUCCUUCAAGAAUAGAUACUAUGGAGAACUGGUUACGAACAGUCAAAGUCAUCCUGUUGGGAAUCGUAUCCCUCGGAUACCAGUUUUAGCUCCUACGGACAGGAGCGCUACUGAUGAUGCCACAUCAGAACUUAAAAACGCCAUCUGCUCUACAAAAAGGAAUAAUGACAGGGUUAGUAACGAUUGUGCUAAUUUUUCGAUUAAUGAGUUUUCCCUUGAUGGAAGAUCCAGAAUCAUGGAAUCAACUAAAGGUGUCGAAUAUCAGACUUUCUUGACUAAAGGAACUGGAGAUACUGAUAUAUUUCAGAAUCAGCAACCUUUGAAAAGAAAAGGAAUGGACCAAAUUAUGGACAGGGGUCAGACCAGUACAGCUGGGCAUGAAACCUUAAUGGAGGUUAGAGAAGGGAACAAACCUGUUGGAUUACUCAAAGCAGAACAAAUGUUUGAUGAGUACAUUUCUUCAGAUGAUAUGUUGAUCUUAAAUGUGUUUCAGAGUCUGGUAAGUGCAGCUGAUAAGAUGUCAAAAGUCAAGAUUAAUUUUCCUUCAGGUACACUUAGAAGUGAGACUACAUUAUCUGAUACUGAUAGGAAGGAUGAAGGGAUUUCUCUGGUUGAUGUAUCUAAACAUGGGAAGCCAGUUGAUGAGUGCAGCGCUUAUAAGGCCAAUAAGAAAAAGCACACUGAGUUAUUAGAUGCAGAGGUGCCUGCUGAAGAACAAAAUGCAGCACAUUCUAUUAAUAUCACUGAGGAUACCCUGAAUUCUGACUCUGCAAGAGGAAUAGGAGAUUUACUAUAA